UCCACAGAGGAAAUUAGAAAGUUUUGUUUCUUCUCCGAUUUAAGUCUAAUUCUCCUCUCCAAAACUGCGAUGAAUUCGUGAUUUUUCCCGGUUUCUUCUGAAUCUAGAAGCGAAAAUUUUCGAGGGUUUGAAAUCAUUGUUUUGAGAAGAGGAAUUCGAUGGAAGAUGAUGAGACAAUGGUGAUGAAGGAGAUGCGAAACUGUUGCUGUCUUGAGUUAUAAGAAAGGGUCUUGAAAGCUAAGGAGAGUUACACUGAUAUAGAAUCGAAGUUGCAGAAUCGUAACAAGGAGUUUGAGUCACUUGAAUUGAGGUUUAAGGAAUUGGAAUCGGAGAAGCUAGUAAUGGAAGAAGAGUUGAGGAAUCUAAAAGAAUCUGAUUUAUUUGAGCAGAUGAUGGUGAACGGAGCAUUGGAGGUUGAGAAACAGUUGGCUGAGAACAAAUUUGAGAAACUCGCGGAAGCGGUUCGAAAGUUAGAUGAAAUUGGUGCAUUUAGAGAUGGAGAAUUGGUAUUAGAUGAGAAUGUGAAGCUAGGAUUGGAGUUAGCUAGUGUCAAGCUCCCAAUAGGAAAGAAAACAGAAUCUUGUGAAGCGUAUAAUCAUCAAAUUUCAGGUUCACCUGAUAUUACCACACCGGUUAAAGACUGUAUGUCAGGGAGAAACAGAGAUGACCUGUCUUCUCGUAGACGAGUAAGUAAGAUGUUGGUGUUUGAAGACGAUGGUAGCAAAUCGACUAAUGUAGAUGAUUUAUCUGAUAACGAAACAGAGGAGAGAAACAAGAAGGAAUCUGAUGGUAUGGAUGCGUUAGAGGAGAGAAGUAUUGGUGAGAACUAUGAAGAUGACGAUGUGGAAGCUUGUGAAGUUAACACAAGCACUCCUCGUAAGAGGAAACGGGUUGUUACCAGCGAUUCAGAGAAUGACGAUGAUGAUGAUGAAGACAACAUACCGAUUUCAAUACUCAAGAAUCUGAAACCACCAAACGAAGAGAUGUCAGAUUUGGUUGAUACACCGAGCAUAGAAGAGAAUGAGUCCGGGGGGUUGAGGUCACAGCGUCGAGUGUCGUCAAGGCUGAGAAAAAAGAGAGUUCUUGAAGAGAUCUCUACUUCAAGUGAAAGAAAUCUAAGAGAGAGACUUGUGGGAAUCCCAACGACCGGUAACGCAGAGGAUGAUGAGACAGAAGAAGAGUCUGAGCUAGAGAGUGAGAGCUUAAAUGGGUUUAUUGUUGAUGAUGAGAGUGCAAGUGAAAAGACUGAUGAAACCGAGGGCGAUGUACGGGAGGAGGUAUCUGAUGGAGAAACUGGUUAUGCGGAGAUCAUGUCGAGGUUAAGGAGGGACAAGAAGCCCGGGAAACGGAAAUGGGAGUAUCUGACAGAUAUGCAGGCAGAUUUCGGUAAAGAUCCCGAGCUUUGUAUGAGAGCGGUUUGUGCUCUGUACAGGCUUCAAACAGAAGAAGAAAAAGCAGCAAGAUCAAGUUAUGUCGCUAAUGGUCGAGGUUUCAGCAAGUUUGAUGCGGAAAGGGGCUGUCGCAUUGGACAUUUCUUGACGGAUGGAGAUCCCGUUGGUGAUUUGAAGAAAUCGGUGGAGGAAUUGAGAAGUUUCGAGCCUGGAGCGGUUGAGAUUUGCGAACAUUUAGCAGGCCGGUACUCGAAACAGCUCUUCGGGAUCUAUAACAACAGAGAAGAUCCGUUCUUCGCUGCUCCUCCAUCUCCAUGACUUUGGUAAUAAACCUCAUGGUGGACAUGUUCGUUAUGACCAUAAGUUAUGUGGCAUAAGUCAACAGCUACUAGUUUAUCAUGAGAACGGUUUUUGUUAGGGGAGGCUGUAAAUAUUAGGACGGUUUAAGAAGAAAACCAGAGAUUAACCAAAGUAUUGGACGAAAGGAAUCUUGGUUUUCUUAGAUACAAUGGAAUUAGGAGUUGAAAUUGCUUUUAGGGUGUAAAUGGAAUAAGAUUGUCUGGAUUAGAUGCGAAUCUUUAUUGAUGAAGGAAUGUUUGA